AUGAGCUUUAAGGAUAAAGUAGUGUUCAUUAGCGGAGCUAGCUCAGGAAUUGGUGCAGCUACGGCCAAAGAAUUCUCUAAGGAAGGCGCUUACGUUGUUAUAGUCGAUCGUAAUGAGACUAAAAUGGAAAAAGUUGCUGCUGAAUGUGUGUCCUAUGGGAAGAAAUCAUUGGUGAUUAAAGCUGAUGUGUCAAAAGACAACGAAGUUAAAGCAGCCAUAGACAAAACAAUACAGAAAUUUGAGAAACUAGACAUUUUAGUGAACAAUCAGGAACGAGCAGGAAUCAUAAGAUAUGAAAAUUUUAUAGACGGUCGAAUAUUGGAAGCUUAUGACGAACUAAUGGCAACGAAUCUGCGAGCAACCGUUCAUCUUACAAGCUUAGCUGUUCCACAUUUGAUAGAAACGAAAGGAAGCGUUAUAGACAUUUAUAGUAUUGCUUGA